AUGUGCCUCAGUAACAUGCUGCCUGGGGAGAACGCCAGCUCCACCCCCACCCCCACCGCAGGGGACUGCCCACCGGUGGGCAUCCAGCUGGAGGGCGUGAUCCUGCCCCCCGUCCUCAUGGUGGACAUCACGCUGGGAUUACUGGGGAACCUGGUGGCCCUGUGGAUCUUCUGCUUCAGGCUGAAGGCCUGGAACCCCAACAACCUGUUCCUCUUCAACCUGGUCAUCGCCGACUUCCUGGUCCUGCUGAGUCUGCCCCUGAGGAUCGACGCGCUGCUGCGGGGUCACUGGGUCUUUGGAGACGGCCUGUGUCGCCUCAACCUCUUCCUCAUGUUUUCCAACCGCUCCGCCAGCAUCGGACUCAUGACGGUGGUGGCGGUUUAUCGCUACUUCAAGGUGGUCCACCCUCACCAUCGCCUCAACCGGAUGAGCCUGCUCCAGGCGGCGUGCGUGUCCCUGCUGGUGUGGCUGCUGGUGAUGAGCCCCCGCGUUCCCAUGCUGGCCUACAGCCACAUCAAGGGCAGCAGCAACAGCACCCAGUGCUUCUUCUUCACGUCCUACAAGGAGGCGUCGCGGGCCAUCGUGCUCCUGGUGGGCAUGCACCGCAUCCUCACGGUGCUGGAGUUCCUCAUCCCCAUGGCCAUGCUGCUCUUUUGCUGCAUCCGCAUCUCCAGCUUCCUGAAGGAGCGGCAGAUGGGCAAGGCAGACAAGGUGCGCAGGGCCAUGCAGGUGUGCGUGGCCAUCGUCUGCGUCUUCCUGCUCUGCUUCCUGCCCACCACCGUCACCACCGUGGGCGUGUGGCUGAUCCGCUCCUACCGCCCGUGGGACUGCUCCGCCUUCUACACCUUCACCCAGCUCACCAUUGUGUCCCUGGGCCUGAACUUCCUGAACUCAGCUCUGGACCCCAUCGUCUACGUCUUCUCCAGCUCCAUGUUCAGGAAGGCCCUGUGCAGCUCGCUGCCCGGCGCCCUGCGCUGCGGCCGCGGCCGUGCCUCCGACGCCGAGGACAACGGCCAGUCGUCGUCAGGAAGCCAGAGCACGCAGCAGGAGCUGAAAUCCCUGAGGACCGACGGAAGCAGCGACGCCAUGUGAGCAGCUUCCUGGACAGUGGUGCAGAUGUGUGUUUACUGCAGCCUCAGUGUGUGUGUCAAUCAUGAGCUCCAUCUAGUGGACACCUUCUGAACUACAGCAACAAUGAAGGAAGACGUGUGGAUAUAGUUCAAUAAAGCACACUUGUUGUUUAACUGAA